GUACAGGGGCGUGGUGGUAAUUCAAUAUUAUCAUUUACUCCUGUAUUGAAAACAUGAUCAUAUUUUGAUAUUGUUUUAUAAACUCAAAAAACGAGUUUCUCUUUUGAACAUUUGAAGUCAGAUUCUGCAUGCAUUUUUACCCUAAUGUUUGAAAUGUUUUGUUUUUACAUGAAAAAAGGUUUGCUGUCAUAUGAGAAAAAUACAUUUUCAUAUUUGAGAGGCUGAAGCAAAUCUUAUGCCAUUUCUUUGUCUUUGGAUUGAUUAUUCAAAAAGAUAUUCAGUUAUCAAAACUUUUGCUGAUGGAUUCUUUGUUAAUUGAUUAAACGGUGAUGUGACUGUUUCAGCUUUUCCUAAACUAAAGUGGAAUAUCCAUAUUGGCCAGCUCAUGCAAUCUCACUAAAUCCCAGUAGAGGGACCCUGAGGGACUUGUUAGUUUUCUUUCAAUUCUCCAGACUACUACACACAUCAGCCAUCACUCUCCAGAAACUGUAUCUGAUAUAUUAUUACCCCUCUCACACAACAUGAUUAUUUAAAACAAAAUCCCAUUCUCUUGGUUUUAUUUCUAUCACUUGUGGCUCAGGCUGAAAAAGGGGGAGGGGGCAUGAACGGUGGUGAGUGCGACUGGCUGGCAUGUGAAAGACACAAAGACAAUGGAGUCGUAUAUGAAGACCAGCCUUCCAAACAGUCACGAUACCUCUGGGUGUGCUUCCUGUCCGGACAACAAGUACACUUAGCCUGGACGCUGACCUUUGACCCCUUGAAAACACAAAAUGCCUCAAUUGACAUUAUUAGCUUACAUAUUGUUAAGUGUAUGCCUAAAGAUCAUGCACAAUGGCAGUUUUUUGUAUUACAUUCAGGGCACAUUUGCCUGUCAACACUCAUUAUAUAAUAUAAACAUCCACAAUAGUUGUUUCCAGUAUCAAUGUAAUAUAUAGAAUACAAUAGCUGAAUAUACAUUUAAUCUUCAGAAAGAAAUCCAUAUUAAAAUAAUGUCAUCAAGUGAAACAAAGGGAAUAGCAGGAAAAUAUAAUGUAUGUAGAACAAUAUCACAAACAUGAAAUCAACACCUCUGACACAAAAACUGACAAAUUAUCUUCACAUACUGUAGUGAGUUUUACACAAAUCAUUGUUUCAGUUUGGAUCUACAUUUCUUGUUACCUAGGCAACAGCUGCUCAUGGUGUUCAUGCUGAUGUUUAUAUUUCCCUUCAUUCAUAUAAACCUAAAGGAUAUCAUUGCAAUAGUACUAUUGGGAAUCAUGCACAUGCAUAUGAUAUUGUUGUGCGUGUGUGUAAGUGAAGUGUGGUAAAUAGUUCAGUGUCAUGAGUAAGUCACGACUAUGUUCACUCCACUGAGAAAGACGACAAAACUGAAAGUGAAAUAACAGCGAGGGAGAGACGUGGGCGAUAUUUUGAUCUGUGAUCUAAUUUUAGCUCGGCAUCGUCUUCAAAUAGAACCAUCCCCAUAAAUAUUCAUGAAUGGAGGGGGAAAGUCUGCAGCUCUGUGAUGCAGAGGGAAAAGAGAGAGCAGGGGAUGGCUCCGUAUUUUACCUGAAACUCUAUUUUUAGCUGCGUCGCUGCUUCUCUCAGUCUAGUCCCCAUGCACGGGAGGCUAAAUUUAACUGUAGAGAGGCAGCAGUGUCGUGCAGAGACAAAAAUAGAAACACGUUUACGGUCAGAGCACGCAGGAGCAGUCAGGGGUGCAGCAUCAACGGAGAGGUCAGAACAAGAUAGAUGGAGAGAACAGGAUAAGAGUGAGGAGUGGAUGUAGCUCCAAGCUGCAUGUGUACUUGUAGUAACUGGGCAUGGAUGAUGUGUGUGCUUAUCGAUCAAAACUAUACACACUAUAGGUGUAGUAGAAGGUGGCACGUUUUACUGCUGGAGCACAUUAAAGGCAUCAUUUACACAUCUAAACCAGGCUUAAUACCUAUUUCUUCUUUACAGGUGAUGGAUGAGUAGUCCGCACAUUUGACACACACAGUCACAUACACAUUUGUACAUUUGCAGGCAUGCACCCCACCAGCUUGAGCCACUCUAGCACAGUCACAUCGUGCACAGUUAAGACAAAAAAGCACUCAUGUGCGUGUCUCAGAACAGGCUGUACUCUCUUGCUCUUUGAAAUUGUAUUUACUCUGUCUCUCUUUGCUCUUUUACCCCUCACCAAUCUGUCUUCUAUCCCCCCUUCUGACUCCUCUCCCUGGUUAUGUAUGGUGCAGUCAGUGAGUCUGGAUCUGUCACAUGAAUGGAGGGAUGGGGGCUUCUGUUCAGUGUUACGUAAUAGCCAGUAGCACACCAACGUCUUGUCCUCAUGCAGCAUCCUUGGAGGUUGGCAGGAGGGGGAUGGGCACUGGAGAAAGGAGUGGAGAGAGGAAUGAAUGGGAUGUUUGCAUGCUGUAUGUUAGUGCUAGAAGUAUUAGAAGUUAUGGUGUAGAAGAAAUACACCUGUAUUUUUCGAUCUACUCCCUUUUACUUUUUCAUAUAUUAAACUCAUAAUUCUAUGGUAAUGUUAAUAUUUAUUUAUUAACAAAUACUGAUAAAACUAAUGACAUUUCCAUCAUUUGUACUUUCAGGACUGUGAUGGUGUUUUGGUGUGUUUUAUCAUCAACAGACAUUUUAAGCUCAAGCUCUCCUGCACCUAUAACUCAGGGAUUUUUUCGUUUCCACUGCUGUAUUUAUUUGAAAAAUAUUGAAUGUGUGUGUUAGCUACUUGCCCGUCCAAAAUCUUCCACAGUCUGCUAAUGGUUGUUUUGCCAAAGCAUGGAUUUCUGCUCUGGACUUCCUCAGACUGUUUAGAAAAGGAUAAGUGUUGCCAAACGGAGCUGCGGGUCAAGGGACUCUCUCUGGGUUUGCAUGUCAGCAGAGGGACUGUGGGGAAAAAUAGAGAUGUGGAUCGAAGCACAAACGUGCCCAGACUGUGAAGAGAGACUCCGCCAUUCCUUUAUUUGGUUUGCCUGAAGUCGGAUCAUGUUUGAUCAGGAGGAACUCCUCCUCACCUGAACGCUGGGCUAUUUUUAGACUCACACUCACAUGACCCCCCUACGUCAAUACUCUGAUGCUAAUAUUAUACCCGCUGUUCACACACACACACACACACACACACACACACACGGACCUCCUCUAGACACUCUUGUACCUUAUUUGCAUGACAUCAACCACACAGGCUUCACACCUUUUUAUAAUGUGUUCAUGCUGUUGUGUUUUCUUUUUUCAGGCUCAUUUCAGUACAUACAUACAUACAGGCAGGCUGGAAGUGAUGGGAUUUGUAGGAGUCUGUGUUUUUCCUGAUUUUCUUUAAAAACCUGCUGAAGAAGCCGGCUAAGGAUAACCGAUUUGCAGCCAUCAGAAUUAGAAGCCAUUCUCUCUGUGGCUCUCAACACUUCUCAUUGUGGUUCUUUUCUAAUUUAGUUUUUCUUAUCACGGACAAUAAAUGCAGUGCUGGUUUUAGUCAUAUCAGUGUUAUAUCUGCACUCCCACAUAUUCACACUAUCAUAUCCUUUGUGGCACCCUCCUAAAUGUGUCAUGUUUAGCUCUUAUUUCAGUCCUUUCUGGUUCAUAAUGGUCACACUUCCUUCUAAAUUACACUAUUUCCUGUUCAAGAGAUAAAAACGUCUGAAUGCUGUUACACAGUCAUGAAAGCUUGUGAUAUUUUUAGUUUUAAAGUAUUGUAUAUUGUAUUUCUCCCUUUCAUUGUUUCUGGAGCAGCACCAUUCAGGCAGUAUAUUUCUUUACUUUUUGAUGUUGAGAAUGGCUUGGCAGUGGGACGCAGCCCCCUGGACCCCCAGGCCAGCCCUGGCUCUGGCGGUCUGGUCUUACAGGCCAACUUUCCUCACAGCCAGAGGCGGGAAUCCUUCCUCUACCGCUCCGACUCUGACUUUGACCUUUCACCCAAAGGUCCUUCCAGAAACUCCUCCACUGCCAGUGACCUGGAAGAAAGCUUGAAGCACUGGGAAGUCAACUGGUUGUCAUCUCGACACACAGAAGACAUGAUUGUCACACCAUUUGCACAGGUCCUUGCCAGCCUGAGGACAGUCCGAGGUAACUUUGCUGUAAUAACCGACCAGCAAGAUCGCACAGCCAGCAAGACGCGAUCCUCAGGCAGCAACCCACCAUCCAUGUGCAAGACCAGCCUCGCAGAGGAGCCUCACCAGCAGCUGGCCAUAGAGACGCUAGAUGAGCUGGACUGGUGUCUGGAACAACUAGAGACACUGAAAACUCGACACUCUGUCAGCGAGAUGGCGUCCAACAAGUUCAAGAGGAUGCUGAACCGAGAGCUCACCCAGCUGUCAGAAACCAGUCGUUCAGGGAACCAGGUGUCCGAGUUCAUCUCUAGUACCUUCUUAGAGAAGCAACAUGACAUGGACAUCAUGUCUACCCCCACCAAAGAGAAGGACAAAAAGAGGCGGCCCAUGUCCCAGAUCAGUGGAGUGAAGAAGGCCACCCACAGCCCCAGCCUCGCCCCCUCCACCAUCCCUCGCUUUGGGGUCAAUGCCAGCCAGGAAGGACUCCUAUCCAAGGAGUUGGAGGAUGUUAACAGAUGGGGUAUUGACAUCUUCAAGGUCUCUGAGUAUUCUGGGAAUCGCCCACUGACGGUCACCAUGUACACCAUCUUUCAGGAACGUGACCUGCUGAAGUCCUUUAAGAUUCCAGCGGACACUUUCAUUACCUUUAUGAUGACUUUGGAGGAUCAUUACCAUGCCGACGUGGCCUACCACAACAACAUCCAUGCUGCAGACGUGGUCCAGUCCACGCAUGUCUUACUGUCCACACCUGCUCUGGAGGCUGUGUUUACUGAUCUGGAGAUCCUUGCCGCUCUGUUUUCAAGCGCCAUCCAUGAUGUGGAUCACCCUGGAGUUUCCAAUCAGUUUCUCAUCAACACCAACUCAGAGCUGGCCCUGAUGUACAAUGACUCUUCGGUGCUGGAGAAUCACCAUCUGGCUGUUGGCUUUAAGCUUCUGCAGGAAGAUAACUGUGACAUCUUUCAGAACCUCAACAAAAAGCAGAGACAGUCGCUGCGCAAAAUUGUCAUUGACAUGGUGCUGGCCACAGAUAUGUCUAAACACAUGAAUCUACUGGCAGACCUCAAAACCAUGGUGGAGACCAAGAAGGUCACGAGUCUAGGAGUCCUACUGCUGGACAACUACUCAGACCGCAUACAGGUCCUUCAGAACAUGGUGCACUGUGCAGACCUGAGCAACCCCACCAAGCCUCUCGAGUUGUACCGCCAGUGGACGGACCGCAUCAUGGUGGAGUUUUUCACCCAGGGUGACAGGGAGAGAGACAAGGGCAUGGAGAUCAGCCCCAUGUGUGAUAAACAAAACGCCUCAAUAGAGAAGAACCAGGUGGGUUUCAUUGACUACAUUGUUCAUCCUCUGUGGGAGACGUGGGCCGACCUCGUCCACCCAGAUGCUCAGGAGAUCCUGGACACACUGGAGGAUAACAGAGAGUGGUACCAGAGCAUGAUCCCCCACAGCCCCUCGCCCCAUCCAGAGGACGAGCAGGAAGGAGCCCAUGCCGGAGAAUCGUCAGCACUCAGUGGGGGCAGUGGCUCUGUUACGGCCGACAAGUUCCAGUUUCAGCUGACAUUGGAAGAAGAGGGAGAGUCUGAUACAGAGAGUCCACCUGAGGAAGAGGAGGGCUUUAGCGGCAGUACGGGGCCUGAACUCUCCAGAACUGAUUCUGGCAGGGGGUUUGGUGCAGUAUCUGCUACGACUCGCCUGCUCACCAAAAAGCUCACUGCUGAUUCAGUCAGGACGUUUUCUUUAGACUCUGAUAAAGAUAUAGCAGAAGACAGAGAAACAGACCAGGAAGGCAUCUCUGGGAUGCCACGCUUCAGACUCGGCACAUAGCACCAGUCAAAAGUUAUAUUUCUUUAGGCCUUUUGUUGAUUUUUCUAGAUUUUGUGUGCCUCCUCUGUCACUCCCCUUCUCACACUCCAACCAAGCACCGCCAACUCUGGUUUCUGCAGUCAGGGUGACAGCAAGCCUCGGGGGGUGGGGACUGCAGGUGGGUGUGGGGGGUGUUAAGAAAGUCUGCAGUUUUACACAGCAGUCAUUUCCACUGGAGAGAGACAUAUUGACUGAGUCACUGUUCUAAUAGAGGACAGGAAACCAAGUUUCUGACCAGUCCUUUGUGUUCUGUGUCUCUCAGUCAGACAUACUGUGGAUAAAGUUCGAGACAUUUCCAACAAAUCUUUUACCAGCCAACUCAAGCUCGACUAUAACAAAUGACGGAACUGUCUUUCUCUUUUGUAAAGAAAGUGAGGAAGUGAUGAAUGAGUGAAAAAUGAGUGAAAACACGACAACAUCUUGUAAGACAUCUUGCCAAACUUAUAAUUUAUAGGGACGAUGCGGUUUUGCCUGCCUUUUUAUUGUUUGUUAUUCUGUUAUCUUUUGUUUUGGUCUACAUGCAGUGAAAUAUGGUGAAGGAAGAUACAGUACAAUAAGAAAAUCAGCAGAAACAAAGUAAUGGCAGAAAGGAGCUAUGCAUGAUUUUAUGCAGGAAACUUUAAAUGUAGCAUUAUUAUUGUAUAAGUAGCCCUACUUUCAGCUGGAGUUGCACAGCCCAUUUAAUUGUGGUCAGCAAGCAGAAAAAUAUGACUAUGAUAAAGUGACUGGCAGAACAUUUUAUUUGGAGAUUUUCAGUUGUUUUAGGCUUACUAUUUCUGAUUUUAUAAUCCUAAACUAUUAGAUUGUUAGCAACAAAACUGAGCCAGGGUCAGUGAAGAGUUAUACUGUCAAGGAAUUACAUCCAAAGCAAUAUGGGCUGUGCACAUGGUGCCUCCCAGUGUUGACAUAUGGAACUGAAGUUCUGGCAUUGGAGGUAAAAAAUGAGCAAGGUUUCGCAUAGGCCUAUAUGGGAAAUACAUUUAAAACUGUAGGACUACCCAAAAUAUCACUUAUGUUUCAUUUUUAUUUCUCUUAUAUUUUUGUUGUUUUAUUUCAAGUUACUCAUGUUGGCAAUCUUAGUAUUUGGCACCCAUUUUUAUCAGUUUGCCUUCAAGUUUAGCACUUUACAGUUUUGUUCAUAAAUCACCCUCAUUGUGGUUUUUAAGGGCUUGAGCCAAAACAUGAACACAUUGUAGGCUAUUGAUAAAAAAAAACAGCUUGUCCAUGGCUGUCAAGCAACCAGCAUAGACAAACUAAAUGCUGCAGUACAGCUACGAAUGCAUUAAACUAUCCAUUGAAAUCCAUUUCCGUUACUACAUGCUGUGUUACACACAGUAUCCACCUCCUAAAAUGCAGUUUCUGGAAACAUUCACUUGCAUACAUCACUAAACUGAUACGGGCAACUUGUUAGAAGCCCAAGGGUUGCAAAAAAAUAAUAAGUUAGCAUGGUUGUAACUGCAAACAAAUAAUAAGCGAGGAGACAGUUUUAUAUGGCAGAUCUUUUUUUUUUCAUCUUUUUUCACUCAUUGAUCAAUAUUUUGCUCUUCACAGGGACAUAGUCAAUGACAAAACAAGUGCCAAGCAAGCAUGACACAACCCGUACUGUAAUUUCCAUUUUGCCACUGGCUACUUUCCAUCAGUGACUGAUACAGUUGGUUGAUUGUAGCACCCUGUGUGCCAAUCUGACCCUCGUGUCUGUUCCUUUUUUUCUAACUCUUGUUCAAACAGUAACUGAAACUGAUAUUUUCUUAAAACAGUGAUGUGUUUUUUGUGUGUGUGAGUGAAUGACUGGGUUGAAUUUGUUGAUGCAUUUGCUAAGAAAAAACCAAAGCACUUUGUAUGGUACUUUUACAGUUCUGCACUUCCACUACAGUUGAACAUGUAUAGUGACUGUUUCACUGUUUGUUUUUUUCUGUUGGCAAAUCGCCUGGUGGUUGAGUUGAAUUGCACGGGCUGGACCACUACAGCUCUUAAAGGUCUGAUGUUGGAGGGACGGGAGUUCUUUUUAUAAUUGACUGCACAAAAAAUGUGUUUUGUUGAAAUGCAUGACAUUGGCUGCAAGAUGUAAGAGGAUAUGGAGAUUUUACAAAACUUAGCCUAAGAUGACAUUUUUUUUUUGUAUUGCCAUGAAAGAGUACAUCAUGUGUUAAUGUGUGAACAAGCUAAAAAGUUCUUUUUUUGACGCCUUAUUUUCAAACUUGGGAUUUUUUUUUCUUCUGGUCAUAGAUGUGUUCACUGUCAUGCUGGAUUAAACAUGUGCAAUCCUUUCUGUAGCUCUGUAGCCAUAAACAGCACCAAACAGAGGUGCUCAAGGAUGCCUUCAACAUUAAGGUCUAUUUAACAGCUCAACGAGCACAACAUGCAGAUAUUCUGUCGGUCUCUCUGCGUGUCACUAAUUAUUUGAUGUUGUGUAUAUUCCUCACAGUUCUUCAUGUACAGUUUAUUUAUUAUUUCUAUAUUUUCUGUCAGAAACAAUGGAACAGUAGAGGUUUAGUAUAGCUUGAUGUGUAGAAAGUCACACAUGACAUAUUUCGACUAUAACUCAGCUGUCUUCCUUCUCGUUUCAUUACUUUAUUGUCUGCAAAUAACGUGAUACAUAAACAAAAAUACUCACUUUCAUGUUCUUCUUGUUAUAAAAAAAUAGUUUAGUUACAGAUUUCUGUAUGAGUUUUUCUGAAAUAUUUCUCAUCUCCUGUCUUCCUCAGUUUCCACUGAUCUGAACAGAUCACAUGAUCUUACAGUAGGUGUGCUAAUCUGAGACGUGUUUGAUUCAUAGUGAAGAUAAUAUAGUCACACAGCGUCAAGUCAUCCUAGAUCAGUAUUACCGUUCUUAGAGAUAAUAGAAUAAGGAUCAUGGACUAAGACUGCAGCUUUGACAAUCCAAACUGUUCGCCCUGUCUCCAACUAGAACUGUAUGCCUUGCCAAUAAAAGAAGAACUAUUCACUCUUUGAA